AUGUGGCUCCUAAUCAAGAUCAUCUACCACAUGAUCACGUUCAAAGGGGCCAUCGCGAAGCUCGAGGAGGCGGCGGCGCGCGCCCACGGCCGUCCGGCGAGGCUGGACUGGCUGCGCUCGGCCUGCCGCCACCUGCGAGGCGUGGACAGCCACCUCACCAGAAUGCACGACUUCCUCGAGAGCGACCUCCCCGGCGACGACCGGCUGGGGGUCUGGAGCCGGCGGGGCGCCGGCAAGACGUCGCUCCUUAGGCCGCUCCGGCAGCCCAGCCCGUACCACGCCCUCUUCGACCGCGUGCUCUAUUUGGAGGUGGGCAGCAGGUGGUCGGUGACGGACGUGCAGCUCGGCAUCUGCUGCACCUGCCUGGGCUGCAGCUACGACGUGAUGUCGUCGGCGGACGACCGGAGCCGGGCCUGCCUCAUCCGAGGUGUCGACAACCAAGACGCGCUCCACCACUGGAGUUAUCUCGUCAGAGCUCUCGGCCACAACGAUCACGUCCUCCAAGAAGAUCUCUGGGACGCAUGGUCGAGCCGGCGACAGCUGGUGGAAUUCGGUGGGGAGCGCCGCGGCCGCGGCGGAGGACGAGACGAGGAACGCGUCGAAGGCCGUGCCGUCGCGGACGCGCUCGCGGUCGUCCUAGUGGAAGAGCGCCCAGAGCGUGCUGCGCCCGCGCACGUCGCACGACCAGCGCUGCCGCUUCAUUCUUUGCGUCGCGCGCACGGGCCGCCGCUCGUGCCGAUCCUGGUCGGUUGGUUCGGACGCUGA